AUGCGCGUUGGCGGCCACCAAUCCCGCCACAUAACGGCUUUGUUCAUGUCAAACCAGAUCCUGACGGUCACCUCGGACACUCGGUGGAACACAGACUACACGCUCAACCUCGGCCCUUCGUACGAAGGUUACCAAGGCCAUGCGAGGGAGCCUGGUGACUAUUCUCGGGAGCGCUUUGGGAACCCGGGAGACAGGCGCAUUCCGGUCGACCCGUUGUACACAGGCGCGACCGGAAUGCCAGCGAAAGCCGUUGUAUCUCUUGAACAUCCUACGCCGGCUCAAGGGCUCAUGAAGAGUGCUGGGGGUGCUGAUAUUACAGCGCAGCGGCCACCACCUUCAUCUAUGCCUAACACGGAUGAGGUCACCAAAAGACUUCUCGACUCUUUUAGAACAAUUGCAGAGACUAUGGCAAAGAUAGCUGUGGAUAGGGUGGCAUAUGAUAUAGAAGAAGAAAAGCUGAAACCAUACGACGACCUUGCUUCAACGCUGGAUAAGGUGGCUCCUCCAACAACACACACCUUCACACCGUCACUCAAGCUCGCCAUGGCCGCGCGUGAACAGCAACGCGAGAGGAUGGAGCUCCAUUACUCUCGCUUAAUGCAUUCCUGGGAAGGAGUCCUUGGGCUAUUUGGUACCCAUACGACAGAUGUCGUCAGUGCUGCGGCUGACAGCGCUGCCUCCCAUUUGCGUCGUGAGACGGAUGCACAGCUUGAACGAAUUCAGGUCGAAGCGGGCGCGCAGCUGAAGAAAAUCAUGCGGACCGCGCAGAGCGAACACGAGGACACUCUCUCGCAGAAGCGCAAGUAUGAUGAGGAGCGCAGCACAGAGAGGGGGCAGUACAUUGUGCGCGAUGAUUGGCGCCAUCAGCCGGUCGGGAAACGGUCGAAAUACGAGGGGAGUGCACGCUGA